AACAUCUCCACAAAUUCGCUCGCGACGUCCUCUUCGCUACGCAAAUCCACACGGUCGUUUCGCGGGGCGAAUCGUCUUCCCAAUCGCACGCCCGCCGCGAGGCGAUGAAGCAAUUCAAGGACCCAUUCGAGGCGGCCUUCGAGGAGCAGGAACAGUCGCCGCCCGAGUCCCCGGCCCCGCCCGACGAUCCCGACGCUCCGGCCGCCCCCGCCGCCCCCUCCGCCGCCGCUGCCGGACACGACGACGAUGACUACAACCUCCUCGACCCGCCCUCCACUUCCGCGCUCCCCACGAGCUCUGCCGUCUCCGCCGCCGCCGCCGCCCCGAGUGGCGCCGCCAAGAACAGGGAGGACGAGGAGGAGGAAGAGGAUGACAACAUGGACGUCGAGCUCGGGAAGCUCGCUCCCGGUGGCGAUCCCGAUAAGAUGGCCAAGAUGCAGGCUAUUUUGUCACAAUUCACAGUGGAACAGAUGAACAGAUACGAGUCUUUUCGGAGAUCAGGAUUCCAAAAGGCUACAAUGAAAAGACUGCUGGUCAGCAUAACGGGAAGUCAGAAAGUUACAAUGCCUAUGACAAUUGUGAUGUCGGGAAUUGCAAAGAUGUUUGUUGGAGAAAUUGUGGAAACAGCCAGGAUUGUCAUGAGUGAGAGGAAGGAAUCAGGCCCAAUCAGGCCGUGCCACAUCAGAGAAGCAUAUAGAAGACUGAAGCUCGAAGGCAAGGUGCCCAAGAGAACUGUACCCAGGCUCUUUCGCUAGAUUCCCCCACACACUCCUGAUUUUAAAGUCUGUAGGCAUGGUGCUUGUGAUUGAUUUGUUCUUUUCUCGCAUCUCUUCCUGCUCAAUUGACACGCAAAAUCAGGAGUCGCCUUAUCAUCGGUGCUCCUAAAUGGAAAUCAUCGAUUUGUCUAGGCUGUUACCAGGAUAGGACCAGAAGGUCAAAUUUUCAAUUCAGCUCUUGUGAAUCAUGAAAUAUUGACUGGAGUGCUGGAUUUUUGCUUGUAACAUUGUGCCGAUCAAGAUAAGAAGGCUGGGAAAUUAUUUUUACCA